AUGUCGAACUCUCUAAUUAAGGUAAGCUCGACUGGAUUGUCUCGAAUCUUCCACAACGUAAAACCAUCCUCAGAAAUGCACUGCUCGCUCUACACACAAAGUGAGUGCAUUGUCUCCGGCGCCGCCACCACCUCCCAGGUACGAAUUAUCACCCAAUUGACGACGGUCCUUCUCCUAGCCAGCCAUUAUUUAUUCACGUAA